AUGAAGACACGUGACGGUCAUCGUGGAGACAGCACCGAGGGCACGACUGCUGAUUGGCCAGCCUCCAGCAUGUACCUCCCACCGCGUGUGGCUGCAGGGGACGGGCCGACUGCCACAAGACAGUCCCGGAAGUGUGGAGGUCGGCCGUGGUCGCGGUUUGCGGCAAUCCUCCCAAUUCCCCUCUCGGCCAGCCCCUGCCCAGCGGGACUCGAACUGUGGACCUACAGUCGAGCGCCACAAUCAUCUCGUCUCCUCGCCGCCUGGACCCUUCCGCGUCAGGGCAGGCGAGUG